AAUAAUAUUUAACAUAUAAAUUUAAUAUUGUAUGCCAAAAUACUUAGACUUAACAUAAAAAUUGGUUUAGAUUAAAUAUUUGGAUAGAAAAUCAAUAGAUAUUUUAAAUAUUUUUGGCAUUUUAAGUAUCGUUUAGCUAUUUUAAACAUGUACUAUUAACUAUUUGUAUAUAUUUCAAAGUAUUUUUGACAAUUUAAAAACAUCUUAUAUUUUUGUAUAUUAUUUUAAAUAUUAAAUUUAAAAAUAGUUAAUAUAUUUAAGUAUAUAAAUCUAGUUUGAAUAUACUUGGAUACCUGAAAUAUUUUUGUUGGAUCAGAUUCGGUGCUGGUUCUCUAUAUACUAAAAUUUUAAAUCUGUUCGGAUAUCUAAUCAAUUUUGAUUAAAAUUCAGUACCACCCUUUCAGAUUAGAUUUGGUUAGGUUUUUUGGAUUCAGAUUUUCCCAACCCUAUAUUUUUUAUUGCAACAAAUUUUUAAACAAAAGUGAUGAUGGUUAAUAUUUAUUUCGGGUAUGCCUCAAUUUUAAAACAAAAACACAUUCUACUAUAUGUACAUGGCUCAUUUAUUUAGUCAUUAAAAAUGGUUCUAAACCCAUUUAAGGAACAUGAUGGGCUGGACUAAAAAAUGUUACUAUUUCAGAUUCUAAAAAUUGACACUUCUAGUUUAUUCUAUGUCGGUGUUGUGACGAAUAUAAAGGGGAAUAAGGUUAGGAAAUAAUUUUUUUUGUGCAAUCCAUGUUCUCGAUAGGUAAUUUUAAUAGCUUCUAAAUAAAUAUUUGAAACAAUGGUUUGUAAUAUUAUAGGAAACAAAUUGAGGAUCUUGUCAAUCAAAUUAAAUUUAAAAAUCAAACAUUAACGAUCACAUAUGCAUUUAAAAUUUGACAUGAUUCAAAUUUAGUUUCUAUAUGAUAUGUGAUUCAGUUUGAAUUAUCAAUGCCAUUACCAAAAUCGUCUGUUAUAAAUAAGUAUAUAUAUAACCAAAUUAGUGUCAUCUUCAAAUAUUAUACAUUCCUAAUUUGGAAUAGUAUGACUGCUCAUGCAAUAUGUCAAACAAGUAAUACGUGAUUGACAAUUAAUAUUUGAUCUUUAAAAACUUAAAUUAAGCGAAUUAAUGCAACUAAUUAAUGUAGGAAUAUAUUUAUUUCGCUUAAUUUGAAUCGGAUUCAUUUACACUAAACUGCCAUAAAACGAUCCAAUAAUAUAUUGCAUUGAGAAAUAUGACAUUGACAAAACAUAGUUAAAGUGCAAAGGAAUUGAUCUGUUGAUGAUAUCAAGACAUAACAUUUUAUAAUGAUAUAGACCGGUUUUAAAUAUACCAUUUUGAUAUAUUAUGAUAUCGAUUAUACCAUUUUAUAAACCAUUUUAUAAGCCGGUAUAUAAAGAUCCAUUUGUUUUAAAAGACAUCGUUUUGAAAAUAAAACAAUGCUGUUUAAGAUCGUUUUGAUAUAUUUCGAUUAUACCAUUUUAUAUAAACUGGUUUUACUCGAUGAUGAUUUUCCCAUCAGUUUGAUAUAUUGAUGAAACCUUAAAUAACCGUGUUGAUGAUUUUUAAGAAUAAAACACGUUAACAAAAAGGUCGACAAACUACCGGAUUCGAUAUUAUCUCCCAUAUCAACGCACGUAACCAAUUAACUUGACUAAAACAUUAUGUUAAGUUACAAUUAAUAAAUAAUGGUAAAAAAUGUAAUAAAUCUAGUAAAGAGAGGGUUUUUGCUUAAAGAGGCUGAGAAGGAAUAUGGUGUUGCCACAUAGGAAAUGACAUUCUUGUAAAUAACACAUGAACAUAAGGUUAGUCUCUAAAAGUGCUCCUCUUUUAAUAAUAAAGGGAUGUCAAAUGAUAAAUGGUAUGUAUUAACUAAAACUCAUUUUAUAAUAUAUGGUACUGAAAUAAUAAUUUAAAUUAUAAGUUUUUAUAUAGCAAUAAUCUGCGUGUAGCGCGGAAGACAGCCUAGUGAAGUUAUAAUGAUUGGAGAUGGUGUUUGAGAUGUGUAAAACAACGUUUAUAUUACUUUGCUCAUGUUUUGCUAAACAAUAAUAAUGAUGAUGAAUACCAUUACUAUAAAAUUAUGUAAAUUCACAUUCAUUGUUGUGACAAACAAAAGAAUAAAUAGGAAAUAUAUUGCCAAUAAUAUAAGUCAUGUACUCCGAAUUAAAAAAAAAAAACAGAUUAGUUGUUGUGUUAGAUAUUCACAUGAUAUUUAUACAUAUAUAUAUAAUCUAUGUAAGUGUUAGCUGAUGUAAAUGAAACGAAUUAAGCCGACAAAAAAUGAAAUGAAUUAAAUUCCAUAUAUAUAUAUAUAUAUGCCACUGUUAAAUUCCACACUUCAUAGUGUAUGAUAUACAAAGUUAUAACGUAAUUAUUGGUAAAUCCAAAUAAAAUGAAUCAAUUUCCACAAAUUAUAUGACUGAAGAGGUCAUAAUGUAAAUAUUUGCAAAUGUAAAAAUGAAGUAUUAAAUAAAAAGAAGUGAAACACUAACAAACAUAACAAUGACUCUGAAAAUCAAAAAAUUUCAUUACUUAUAUAUAAUGUAUCAUUCUAAUUUUACCUUUAAAAUAAAGUUCAAAUUUAAUUUUAAUUUUGUUAUUUUUAAAGUGAAAAAUAGAGUGAUAAAUAAAACAUAUAUAGAAACAUAUUUACUUCAUUUUUGAAGUAAUAAAAUAAAAAUAAGAACAGAUUAAAUAAAUAUUAUGUUUUCAAACAAAGUUUAGGUAAAAAAAGAAUGAAGUUAGAAAAAUGUUUGUAAGACGUUUUCAUCCCGUCAUAUAUGAUACUGCCCUCAAAUCACAGGCUCAACGAGAGCCUCGCUAAACUGCCCACACCGACAAUCUAUGAGCUAUCAAUGACUCAUGUUUAUUCAAGGAGCAUAUCUGACCAACCAAGAGGAUUUUCCAUGAAUAUUUUUUCAAAGACAACCAACUCACUAGAGCAUCAAUGGAAAUUAGAAUCACCUGAAAAUAUUCAGGGACUAUGAAAAUAUGAUUUUUUUAAGACAGAGCAUUACUACAAUACUUGAUGGAUUAUAUCUUCAAUAUUUCAGUCCAAUCAAGUCUGACAAUGAAUGGUCUUCGAGCAAAAUCAUCUAGGAUGGAAUAUGACCGUUGAAGGUUAUUUGUUUGGCCUUGCAAAGGAAGUUUGAACCUUUUUGAACCUAGAUGGUUUAAGAGGAUAAGUAUGCUUCUACCUAUGUAAGCUUCUACAACUUGAAGCUGUUGUAUGGAUGGAAUAUGUCCAGACCACCAAGCAAAUCACAUUGUCCAGAGUCAAGCCUAUAAAGCAAAGUCAUUUCUACCUUUGUAAAUUACCUUUUCAGUCACAAAAAGUUAAUACAAGUUUGUUUCUAUUUUUUUUUCAAAUGAUUCCAUCUUUUAAUUAAAUCAAUUGUCAUUAGAAUUCAAGUGUGAGAUGCGCUUCAGUUCUAUUUAUUUGUGAACUACAACCUAUUUGUGUGAUUUAAGCAUCCCUAAUUCACAGAUUAAGCGAGUCAAUCAAUCCACCGAUUAAGCGAGUCAAUCACCUAUCCAUAAAUUCUAUCCUAUUCAUCAGCCAAAGCUUCAGAGCAUUAUACAACUUCCAGCUUAGCUCCAUUGCAUCCAUCAUUCGAUAACGUCCAUUUUUAUCUUUUUAUUUUUCUGUUUAUUAAUAUCAUUCUUCAGCUCAUUUAUUUCCCUUUGUUUUCGGGUAAGUUUGGGGUUAAAGAGGUGUAACUCGACCAUCGACCACCGAUCACCUCUCAACCAUCAUCCAUCUUCAUCAACCAUUAAACCUCCGGUCUUCUGGGGCUGUAUCAAUAUAUGUCUCUAUGAAAACCAACAAGGUAUAUUCGUCAAUAUUGUGGACCACUUUUGGCAUGUGAUUGGAUUUUUCGUAUACUUUAAGUGAUCUAAUUGUAUCAUUGCAAACCUAUGUCCUUCAAUAUGAUUCAAACAGUAUUUUCAAGAUGGUAAACGAUAUGACAAUAGAUAAUGGCAAAGUUAACUUUUUCUUUAGUAAAAAACAAAAGUAAAUUGGUCUUAUGCUUGAAUUUUUGAAUUUUAGUCUUUCUUAAGAACUUUAUGUUUUUUUUUACCGAUACUAUUUAUUAGGUUGACUGAAAAUAUGGUAACUGGCAAAGUCCCAAUUCAGCCAUAAUAACUUACUUCAAAUAUAUAGUUGACAAAAACAACAUAUAUUUCCAUAAAUCAACAUUCGAUUUAGAUAAGAACAUAUUUUGGUUUUACAUUAUGUACAUACAAAUUUCGACAGAAACUAGAAACUAAAAUUAACAGAAAAUAUUUUUACAAAAAAUAAUAGUCAAAACAAAGAGAAGAUGAUAAUGAGAGGCGUGCCUUCCACGCCUUAAUGUUUUUUUUCUUUUGCUAUUUUGAAAUAUUUGUCUGAUGAUGAUCAUCUCUUCUGUCUCUUUCCCUAAAACUAUUUUCUCAAUGUUCAUUUUCAUUUCCUAAAAAUCGUACGUUGGUGUGACAUUGAUCUUCAGAAUCUAAAGAUUAGGCUUCAUUAAUCUCUCCUCAAAAGUUAAGUUAGCGUGACAAUGGUGGAUGAUGAUAAAGCCUCCAAUGACUUUUCUUUACUACCUGAUCUCAAUGACGAUUUUUCAACACCAUUCACCAGUAUCGAAUUCGAUUCAUCCAUUCUUGAUCUCAUAAACUUGGAAGAUGGAGGAGAGACACCAAAUCUCUUACCAGAACAUAACCCAUUUCUCGAAUCGGUAAAUACAUUUCAAGAAGAUGAAGACCUACAUUUUUCUGUUGAAGCAGAGUCUCCAAAGGUUUAUAUUGCACCAAGAGCCAUAAUAAACCACCAUGACUCCUUUUCUCUAGACCCUAGAAUCGACACCAUUGAAGAUGCAAGGAUUAGCUUCCCGGACUCACCUAGAGGAAGCCAAGAUCUCAGCCUCUCGCGUCUUAAAGUUCCUGGUUCACCAAGAGCUCUCGCCCUUCCAAGAGCAUCUGGAUCCCCACGUUUCGGGUCUCCCACGAGUCCUGCUGCUUUGAUCGAUACCGCUGCACCAUUCGAAUCUGUUAAGGAUGCAGUUUCAAAGUUUGGAGGAAUCACAGAUUGGAAAGCACAUAAAAUACAGACAAUAGAGAAACGUAAGACGGUGGAUCAAGAGCUUGAGAAGAUACAAGAGGACAUGCCUGAGUACAAGAAACAAGCGUUUGUAGCGGAAGAGGCAAAACAGCAGGUGGUGAUGGAGCUUGAGAGGACAAAGAGCGUCGUCGAAGAGCUAAAAAUGGAGCUAGAAAAGGCCGAGAAAGAGGAACAACAAGCUAAAAAAGACUCUGAUCUCGCGAAGCUGAGAGUGGAGGAGAUGGAGCAUGGGAUAGCUGAUGCGUCUAGUAUUGCAGUCAAAACGCAGCUUGAGGUGGCUAAAGUGAGGAAUGUGUCAGCUGUUUAUGAGCUAAGAGUUGUAAGAGAAGAGAUAGAAAUGGUCUCCAAUGAGUACGAAUCUCUGCUGAAAGAAAAAGAAAUGGCAACGAAAAAAGCAGAGGACUCUGUUUUGGCAGCUAAAGAAGUGGAGAAGCAGAUGACAGGUUUGACAAUAGAGGUGAUUGCCACCAAGAAGUUGUUGGAGUCAGCGCGUGCAGCUCACCUCGAAGCUGAAGAAAAUAAAUUAGAAGCAGCCAUGGCUCGGGACCAGGACGUUUACAACCGGGAGAAAGAACUGAAAAUGGUGGAAGAGGAGAUCGAGAGGUUUAGACAAGAGAUGCAUGCGUCAGAUGAUGUGAGAAUCAAAAUAGAGACUGCUUCUGUACUUCAGCAAGAUUUGAGGGCUGAAAUAACAUCUUACAAAGAUGACAACAUGAUGAUCGAAAAGAGAAACAACAGUGACAUACAAGCUGCGGUUGAUUCCACAAGGAAGGAGCUUGAAGAAGUUAAGUCCAAUAUUGGGAAAGCAAUCUCCGAGGUGAAAACAUUGAAGAUAAUCGUCGGAUCAUUGCAGUCUGAACUUGAAAGAGAAAAGAAAGAUCUCUCAGAAACCAAACAAAGAGAAGCUCUUUCAGUUCAUAGAAACAGCAAAGAAGCAAGAGAGGAGAGAUGUUCAGAAAUAGCCAAGAAGUUGCAAGAAGCUAACAAAGAAGCAGAAGAGGCAACAUCACUAGCCUCAGCUGCUCAAGAAGAGCUGAGAAAGGCGAAGGAAGAGUCAGAAGAAGCGAGAACUGGAGUCUCUGCAAUAGAAAGUCAGUUAGUUGAGGCGAAAAGGGAAAUGGAAGCGGCAAAAGCUUCUGAGAAGUUGGCAUUAGCUGCGAUAAAAGCAUUGCAAGAGACUGAAUAUUCUACAAAAAUUGAAGACAUUAGUACACCAAGAAGUAUAAUAAUAUCUGUGGAAGAAUAUUAUGAGCUAAGCAAGCAGGCACAUGAAGUAGAAGAAGCAGCCAAUAAAAAGUUAGCAGAGAUCGUCUCUCAGAUCGAGGUGGCUAAGGAAGAAGAAUCAAGAGUCUUAGAAAAGAUAGAAGAAGUGAAUAGAGAAACAGCUUUUCAAAGGGAAAAGCUAAAGGAAGCAAUGGACAAAGUAGAGAAGGCUAGAGAUAAGAAGGUUAGUAUGGAUCACGAAUUGCGAAAAUGGAGUUCAGAGAAUGGGAAGAGAAGCCCCAUGUCUAGUCCAGAGGGUGGGGAGAAGGAAAGUCAUGACUUAGGCAAGUCGAAAUCGGCUUUGCAUUCAGCAAGAUCAUUUGCAUUUGGUGAAGAAGGAAGCAACAAUGUUGGAGAUAGUAGUAACGUAACACAUGAAACAAAGAAGAAAAAGAAGAGAUUUUCUUUGCUGCCAAAGGUCUUCAUGUUCUUGUCAAGAAAAAAAUCGAACAAGUGAGCCGACUACAGUUUCUUACAUGUAAUUUUUACCAUCCCUUUUCGGCUUAUUUUGUUUGUAUUUCAUUAUCGAAAUGGGUAACAGAAUAUCUAAAUUUUAUACAUUGUUAAAGAAAAGGCGGUAUUCAGAGUCUUGUUUGUUAGAUUUCUUGUACAUAUAUAAAUAACGGUAACUAAUAUACUUUCUGAGAAGUAUAUUGAAUUUAGCUACAUCAAAUUUUCCUAAGAAGCAAGAACUGAAGAGGGUUUGAAUAAUGCUGUUAUCCAUGGAAUUGAGAGGUGCUCGACAAGGGCAUCAAUAGGACCAGUUUUAGUCAAAGAGGCCUGAACGAAUAUCCCCAGCAUCACCAUCAUUUGCUAGAGAGUUUAUGAGUAUGAAGCAAACAUGCUAAAAAGAAAUGUGCCUAUGAGUAUGAAAACUCAUUUAGAGAAAGCUAUUAUGAUUUUUUAAAUUUAGGAGUUGUCCUCCAGUAUGUCUAAAGCCAAAAUCAACUUUUUUCUCAUUCUACAGAAAGUACAAACAGAGUUUAAAAAAAUAUCGUGGAAGAAAAUUACUCGGGUUGUCCUUUGGGUGCUACAUCAAGUCAAAAGAAAGAUCCUUAUGUUGCUUGACUCCUGGAGAGACCAAAUCCAUAUACUUUUUGGUCUCAACAAGCCUCUGAAACAACAUUGGUUUUAUAGAAUGGAGAUUAGUUUAACACCCAUCUCAUCCUCUCAGUCAAUUCUAUUUAAUCAAAUUACCAUUUUUAAUUAAUUCAUUAAUAUCUCAUAUAACCAAAAAUAGAAUAAUUGAAAACAAAUGGGGAAAAGUGACGAUAAAUAAAACAAGAAUCGUAAAGAAAUGAAAGAAAACUGUCUAGAAACACCGAUCUAUUCAUAUACUCCCUCUAUUCCUUAAUAUUACAUAUUCUAGAAAAAAAAAUUGUUUUAAAAAGAUCUAUUUUUUACAUUUUCAAGACAUGUUUUAUUAACUAAUUGCAAAUUUCAAAAAACUUAAUUGCAUCUUACUGAAUUUUUAUUGGCUUAAAAUUAUGGAACAAAGAUAAACACAAAAAAAUUAUGCAAAUUUAAUGUGUUUUAUUAAAAUGUGUGAAAAAAUUAGAAUAUGUAACAUUAAAAAACAGAGGGAGUAUCAUCUACUCGUCAACCACACAUGAAAAAAGGAAAAGAGAAAAUGAAAAACAGGAGAAUCACUCAGUAAACUAUAAGAUGUUAAACAAGAAAACCACUGGCUCAAUUAUAUCACUCCGGCCUUAAGAGUCUUAUCCUAACAUGAACAAACACAGCCUGUGUGGUUAAGGAUAAGAGUCUGAGUACGUCUCUCUUGCAACAAUAUCCCUAAGAAGCAUUAAAGAAAGAGAGGCCAACAAAACUGACAUAAAUUAUAGUGUUUUCGCAUAAGCCUGAGAAGGUUAAGGAUACGGGUUGGACAUCUUGUUUGCGGAACCUGAAUAUAAGAUGCAGUGCCAGGUCCUUACGGAUAAUCCAUUUCAGCUUCAUGGUGUCAACAAAUCUUCAGAAAUCUAUGUUCAAAUCAACCAUCAUUUGACACAACACUAUGAGACAGUGAUGGAAAACGGAGAAAGAAUCAAUGAUGAAAUAAGCAAAUUCUUAUCAUCUCUUUAUCUCAUAGAUAGGUUUUCCACUCAGGUAGUUGGUUUGGUUGCAGUCUAGUCUAUGCAGUGGUGUUACGAACGUAACCCUAAAACAUAUAUGUGAUUUUUGAAUAAAACAAAAAACAAAAACCAAAAAGAAAAUAGAGGAUUCAAAGUGUUAGAUAUCAUAUCUAAUGAUGACAGCUAUAAGUAAGGUAGGUGGCGAGCAUUAAAUGUUUGAGAUAUUGUGUAGGAUUCGUUGUAUAUAGAUAUAUUUUUCUUUCUUCCAUUUUGGUUUCAGCGUGAAAAAUCUUAUUUCAUUGAAGAAGAUGAUGAUUUAGCUACUUCUUAAUCAGAGAUGAAAGCUAUAUCUUCUAGUAGUUACAGUGGAACUUAGAUUUAUACAUCAGAUCCAAUUUCAAGUUUCUUUGUUUUAUUGAAGUCAUGAGAAAAAAUAAACAACGAAGCUCUUCUUCUGGUGAUUAUGCUUUUCAUUUGUAAAGUUCUUUAUUGAAUCUGAUUAAUUAUUCUUAGAUUUAUAAUCUUCUUGUCUCCACCUAUCCAUUUGAACACUCUGAUAAAGAUCUCAACAAAUCUAAGCUUGGUGGCGGUUUUCACAUCUAUGAAUUUGGAAGGGAUGACUUGAGGUGAAUGAAACUAAUCACUGGACCACCUAAAUAAAUCCUUUGGAACAAACAUACUUGAAAAGAGAAGAGCAACAACGAAAUUUCCGAAUCUCGGCCCAGUCCAAAUCUGAUGAAAUUCGACAAUAUAUUUGUUAACUUAUCCGGUUAACUAAUUUGGAAACAUGUUAAUAAUCUACUUAGCCAGUUUCAAGUUAAAAUAAUGGUAUAAACAUGAUUACAUUAAGUUUACAUAACAUGCUUUUGGUUUCCAUGAUUGGAGUCUUGGGUAUGGCCUGGAGCUUUUUAGGAGGAGAGACAAUGUUCCAAAGUAGUUGUUGUCGGGAUGUUUUGGGUGAACCAGAUCAACAACGAUAAUAUAUGUCACAUGCACAUGUUAAAAUGAUUUGAUCAACAAUUUCCUUGAUAAUUUGUAUUAUAUCAGGAGAUGAUACUAAGAUUCAAUACUAUUAGGUAGAUAAUAUGUGUAAUAUUCGGAUGAUUGAUUAGGAUUUAGUAUUUGGUAAAACUAUCUGGUUAUAUUAAUCAUUAACAAGACACAUGUGAUUUUUUCAAUAGUCUGAUCGUGAGACAUGUUGAGAGUCUAAUCCUUUGUAAUCUUUUAUAUGAAAUUAUCAUGAACUUUUGAUUCAAAUUUGUCAAAUCUACCAGAAAAUGCAGGUUUCUGGGAAAUAUCCACCAAUUUCAUGUUCUUAGAUUUAGAUCAUUUUGGAUGAUUACAGUUAAAAUUUAAAUCUACCUAUUAACAUUUACAUUUAGAUCAUUUUGUCAAACUUACUAAAUAUGGUCUCAUCUAUUGGGUAAACUGGCUCAACAAUGAUAGUACAUGUCACAUGCGUUAAAAUGAAUAAUGAAUUGGUCAACUAUUAUCUAGAUAACCAGUAUAAUAUCCGGAUGUGAUAAUAAGAUUUAACACUAUUAGCUGGAUAAUAACCGGCUGAUUGAUUCGGAUGCGGAUAAUACAAAGUUAUUUUGGAUACAACUUGAAAAUGCCUACAAGAUCAUUUUGUUAGCCAUUAUUUGAGAUGUUGGAUACCUCCAAAUAAAAUUAAUAUUUUUGAAUUAUUUCAGAUAAAGAAUAAAUUGAUAUAUAUAUAUAUAUAUAUAUAUAUAUGAAAAUAUGUUGCAUUUUAUGUACCUGUAUCAAUAACUCAAAUCCUCCAUGAGGAUUAUUCUUCGACAUUAUAAUAAAGUUGCAAAGUUGGAAAAAAAAUAUGUUGCAUUUAGAAUGUUUCAUGAAAGACAAAACUAGUAUAAAUUUAGCUUCGUACGAGUCGCCGUUUUGCAUGUGUGUUCUUCCCUAAAAUUCUCAUGUUUAUAUUGGUAAGUUGAGUAACAUAAGUUUACAGUAAAACAAGAAGCAUAACUGAUUCUUGUAAUUGAUUCACAUCAAAAAUUGAAAGCAAAUCAUUGACAAAAUAUCAAUAAAACUCCUAAAGAACUAUAGAUUAAAAAAGGUCAACUUUAUCCCAGAAUCUCGAUCUUCACUAAAGAAAGGUUUCAACUUUAUCCAAAUUUGAAACUUUAUAAUUGCCUAUCACAAAAUCCCAAGAUGCAAACAUGAACCAACAAAAAUCUAAUUAGAAAUCUGUCUAAUCCACAACUACCAGAAUGUUUAUCUUGUAAAGUUUCUAUGUAAUCGCAGCGCCAACAACGUUCGUGUUCAAAGGUUAAUCCUUCAAUAAGAGCUUUAGGAUCAGAGACUUGUGUAGAGAGAGAGAGAGAGAGAGAGAGAGAGAAAAAAAAAACAGCAAAAAAAUUAUGAUGAACCGUUGUAUACUUGGCUUUGGUGUGUAUAAUCACUUCCGUUAACACUAAACCACUAUAAUGAGUCCAAAUGAUAAUAUAAGCGGUUCGGAAUUGGAUUCCGGUACGGUAAAACUUCAGUUCAUGUGAUUUGCAAGAUAAGUGUGGAUUUGAUAUAAAAAGGUAGUGCAAUUUUGAUUAAAAAAAAAUAGUUCGGUUUUGACAGAAAAAUGAAAAAUAAGUAAAUAAAUACGAUUAGAAUUAUUUUUUUUCUUAGUGAUAAUGUCAUAAUAUUUUUCUUGUAUAAAAUUUUAAAUAUUAGAAUUAAUUUGAAAUAAAAAUUAUGAUUUGUAUAUAUUUUUGUGUUAAUAUAAAUUUGACUAAUAACAUUCUUUUGAAAUAAAAUUACAAAUUU